AUGGCGAUUCCUCCUUCAAAUGGCUCAGAGCGCAUCCUCACUCUUAACCUUGCAACAUCAACGGGAAAGGUAAACAUAAUUAGUGCGUAUGCCCCAACACUCCACUCUCCUCAGGAAAUAAAAGACCGGUUCUAUGAGGAGCUCGACGCCACCAUCAGCCAGAUACCAGGGUCGGAGCCCAUUUUCCUUCUAGGCGACUUCAACGCAAAGGUGGGAUCCGAUCAUGGGGCAUGGCCAGAUUGCCUUGGACGCUUUGACGUGGGGAAGAUGAAUGAGAAUGGCCAGAGACUGUUGGAGCUUUGCUGUUACCGGAAACUCUGCGUUUCCAACACAUUCUUCAUGACUAAGCCACAACACCAGGUCUCAUGGAGGCACCCAAGGUCCGGACACUGGCACCAACUGGACAUGGUCAUCACCCGGCGAGCCCACCUCGGCAGUGUGCUUCUCACACGCAGCUACCAUAGUGCUGACUGUGAUACAGACCACUCUAUGGUGUGCAGCAGGGUCCGAUUGGCCCCAAAGAAAAUCCACCGUCCCGUAGGGAAAAGCCGCCCACGCAUCAACACCGCCAGGACAACCAACCCCGACCUCCGCUCGGAAUUCACCAACCGCAUGGAGGAGGCCCUUAAAGAUCACGCAGCCACGUCCAUCGAGGAGAGAUGGCAGCUUAUUCGCGACACCACUUGCAGAAUAGCCAUGUCAUCCCUAGGAAAGAGGGAGCGGAGAAAUCAAGACUGGUUUGAAGCUCACCUGCCUGAGAUGAAGCCUGUCAUUGCUGCCAAGAGGGAAGCACUGGUCAACUAUAAGCGCGACCCAUCAGAAAAGAACCUGGCUACUCUGAGAACAGCCAGAAGCGACGCCCAGAGGACGGCCAGACGUUGCGCCAACAUCUACUGGCAGAACUUAUGCCAGAACAUCCAGUGCUGUGCUGACAGUGGUAACGUGAAAGGGAUGUACGAGGAGAUGAAGAAAGCAUUCGGGCCCACUGUCAGCAAGGUUGCUCCACUGAAGUCCAGGGAUGGCGAGGUCAUCAAGGACCAAGCGAAGCAGAUGGAGAGGUGGGUCGAGCAUUACCAGAACCUCUACUCCAUUGAGAAUGUGGUUACCAGGUCUGCCCUCGCCGGCAUUCCUGCUCUGCCUGUCAUGGAGGAGCUUGACCUGCCUCCAACAAAGGAAGAACUGAGCAAAGCAAUUGACUCACUCGCUCGGGGCAAGGCACCAGGGCAAGACGGCAUCCCCGCAGAAGUCAUCCAGUGCGGGAAGCCAGCCCUUCUGGGCCAUCUCCACGAGCUGCUCUGUCAGUGCUGGGAGGAGGGCUCUGUCCCUAAGGAUAUGCAUGACGCAGACAUCAUCACACUGUAUAAAAACAAAGGGGUAGAAGCGACUGCAAUAAUUACAGGGGCAUAUCACUGCUCAGCACUGUCGGAAACCUCUUCUCCUUCUAUAUUCUAUAACUAUAAUCUUUCUCUUUCGGAUUUUGGUAGCGUAUUCGACAUAAAAUCUCUAUUAUCUUGUUUCCGAAGCUAG